GAGACCUGCUCUGCUCCUCUAAAUAGAAGCAGACCCUUGCUAGGGGCAGGGCAGGGAUGUGGGGGAGGGGAAUUGGCUGCCUCGGAGAGCCUUGUCUUUAAGGAAGUCCGUAUCCGGAGCCAGGCGGAGGCAAGUGUGCCUAAGUCUGCACAGCACAGUUCGGCACAAGGAAGAAAGGUCCUGUGUCUUACAGUAUAUCUGGAUAUCGGACUGGACACUCAUCUGAGCCUGGAACUUGUGUCUGCUUAAAACAGAAUGGCAUUUAAUGAUUGCUUUAGUUUGAGCUAUCCUGGCAAUCCUCAGCCAGGGGAUUUGAUUGAAGUGUUUCGUCCUUGUUAUCAACAUUGGGCACUGUACUUGGGUGAUGGGUAUGUUAUCAACAUAGCACCUCUAGAGGAUGGCAUUUCCACAUCGUUUACAAGUGCCAAGUCUGUAUUCAGCAGAAAGGCCCUGGUGAAGAUGCAGCUUUUGAAGGAUGUUGUUGGAAAAGACACAUACAGAAUAAACAAUAAAUAUGAUGAUACAUAUCCCCCUCUCCCUGUUGAAGAAGUUAUCCAACGGUCAGAGUUUGUUAUUGGGCAAGAGGUGGAAUAUGACAUACUUGUCAACAACUGUGAGCAUUUUGUGACUUUGCUUCGAUACGGAGAAGGAGUUUCAGAGCAGCUAGCUGAUACUCUGUGAGAAUCCCUAUGAAAUCACUCAUGGCAAGGAAUCAAGUGUGGCUUGUGCCCAACAAUGAGUGAAAAAUUGAGACUCUUAGCUCAACUUUCCACAAGGAACUGAAUCUUGCCAACGACACCUGGAGUGAGGCUGGCGGCAGAUCCUUCCCCACCAAGUGGCUCAGAUGACUGCAGGACUGGUCGACGCCUGAUGACACCUUGAGAGGGACCUGGAGCCAGAAGACUCUGCUAAGCACGCCUGAAUUCCUGACCCACAGUAACGUUAAAAAAAAUAAAUCGUGUUAUUCUAA